AGCUGAUCAUCAUCAAUGAUCAAGCAAUUAACAAGUCCAAUUACUAUUUAUGUGAAGAUGUGACCCGCCUCACAAAGAGAACACGUAGGCCAAGGCGAAGACGGGAUGUGUUUACAUUGAUAUUCAAUAAACUGAAGUGCAACAUGAUAUGACUUGUCACCAAUAAUGCCAAUUGACUAUGGAUCAAUUAUUAAAUUGCUCAUUGUAUAUGGCGCUUUACUACAAAUAUUGGGUGAAUAUUCAAAAGAAAUUCCUUUUCCGAAGCACGUGGACAAGGCAGAAAACUCUCUUAUAUGGGCUGUGAAAGUGAAGGAAGCUGGCAAAAAAGAAAAAAGUGUCACAGAACGAAAUAGUGUGAACAAUCCCAUUCAAAGUGGGGUCCAAGAGAUAGCAAAUCAAUGCAAAUUAAUCUUUAUUGAUCAUGUGGAAGUUAUGGAGAACACUUAUUUAUUAGGAUUUGAUUCUAACAAGCUUGAUCAUUUUAUUUCCAAUUCCGAAAAUGGAUCCUAUGCCUUUGAACUUGACCAUCGGAAGCUUUACAUUAAGUUGCUACAUGACUUAUAUGUAUCCCAUAUACCUGACGUGUCUUUCAAAUUCAUUAGUGGUGCUUUAUCUCAGUGCUUGGACUCUCACCCGAUGGUGGAAUUAUUCAGUCAGCAAAAUAUACGAAGGAGAACCAAGAGGGAAGUGGACCUUCAUUUCACUGAUCCAUAUUUUAAGUUACAGUGGCAUCUUAUCAACAAUAAGAACAGGGACAUGGAUAUAAAUGUGACGGGAGUGUGGAGUAGGAAUAUCACAGGUCAUGGGGUCACGGUCGCUGUUGUUGACGACGGAGUGGAAUGGACCAACCCUGACCUCAGGGACAACUAUAACAGUGCUGGAAGCUGGGACCUAAACUCAGAUGACCCUGACCCUACCCCAAGUGCUUCAAAAGAUUCAAACCAUCAUGGAACCAGGUGUGCUGGAGAAAUAGCAGCUGUCCCAAAUUCUCACUGUGCUGUCGGGGUGGCAUAUGGAGCAAAGUUCUCAGGUCUCAAAGUUCUUGAUGGACCGAUGACUGAUAGUUUGGAAGCCAAGGCCUUUAACAAGAAAUCACAGAUUAAUGAUAUUUACAGCUGUAGCUGGGGCCCUGAUGAUGAUGGGAAAACUGUGGAUGGACCACAUGUAUUUGCUAAGGCAGCCAUGCAGUAUGGCAUUGAUUUCGGCAGGAGAGGGUUUGGAAGCAUCUACGUUGUUGCUAGUGGCAAUGGAGGUCGUUUCCAAGACAACUGUAACUAUGAUGGUUAUGCCAAUUCCAUAUACACUGUCACUGUAGGUGCAAUAGAUGAAGAUGGAAAUAUGCCUUUUUAUGCUGAAAAAUGUGCAUCUAUGCUUGCUGUGACCUUCAGCAGUGGAACCUCACAGCAUAGAAGCAUUGUGACAACUGACUGGACACAGAGGGGAGGGAAAGGCUGUACCACCGCCCACUCAGGGACCAGUGCAGCAGCUCCCCUAGCGGCGGGGAUGCUGGCUCUGAUGUUACAGGCUCGCCCUUGUCUGACCUGGAGAGAUAUCCAGUACCUCAUCAUACUGACCGCUCAGAAAGUUGAUGUUGAUCACUCCGAGUGGAAGAGAAACCAGGCAGGAUUAUAUCAUAGUCACAAACACGGAUUUGGGGUCAUGAAAGCCUGGAGAUUAGUCAAUGCAGCUAAGAUAUGGGAAACUGUGCCAUGGAUUACAUCAUACCUGUAUUCCAGUGAUGAAAUCCACCUCCAAAUUCCAAAAGGGACCAAUCAACCUCUGACUAUCACUCAUACAGUGACAAAAAAUGACAUCUCAGGUUUGAAUUUGUUUGUUCUGGAACAUGUGCAGUUGUUUGUGACAAUCACUCAUCCAUGCCGUGGGGAUCUAGAGAUUACCCUGGUAUGUCCCAGUGGUACCAACUCCAUUGUGGCCACACCCAGAAAAGUGGACCGGUCUGAUGCAGGUUUCCAGGACUGGGCUUUCAGCACAGUAAGAUGUUGGGGGGAGGAUCCAACAGGAGUGUGGACCAUUCUUAUCACUGACCAUGAUACCUCCUCAUAUGGAUCUGGAUUUAUCCAAUCCUGGAAAUUAAAACUCCAUGGAACAUGGAUAACCAGACAACAAUUUGACGAAAGGAAACGGCUGGUACUGGAAGCAAUGGAUGGGCGGUUCCUCAAUGACAGUUACCAGAGGCCAUGCCCAGAGGCUGGUCCAGAUGCUGCUCCAAAACAACCCGUGUCUCAAAGGACCCUCAAGUUUGUUAUGCUUGCUGGGAUAUUUUGCCUGGUCAUGGCACUGUACGAGACAUUUGAGUAUGCUGCUUGUUAUAGAGAUGAGAAAAAAGCUCAGAGACAAAGAAUGCUGGAACAUCUUCAAACUAAUCGAUCAGUACGUGACGGAGAUAUUGAGGAUGCGGAUCACCCAGAGUCCCAGAGACUCUUAAGUAACGAAACAGAGACAGUUAUUCCCUUGGAUACCUUUGAUGUCCGUGAAAUUGCUUUAGACAUUGGGAAUAGUACAAAUGAUGGAGAUGACAGUGAAAGUCUUCAGUUGAUAAGUCACUGAGGACAUGUGUUCUUUUUAAAUGGUGCUUCCAAUGAUUUUUAAUAAACUCUACAUGUAUAGAUGGAGUGAAUUUUCCUUAAACUGUGAUUCUCACUUAUAAAAUGCAUUGUAUUACCAUCAAUGUCUUUCAAUUUCAUGUACCCGCACAUGUAUUUCCCAAUGUUCUUGUAAUUAUAUUGAAUGUACAUGUAUACUUCUUUUAAAUAAUAAAAAUUGAUUAUAUAU